UGCCAACCGCCGUUAAACCUCAUCGACGAAGAAGAAGAAGACGAAGAACGCUAAGCAGAUUCAGAGAUAGAGGUUUCAACCAACAUUUCUUUGAUAAAGCGAAACGCUACUUUCAUAACCAUUGCUAAUAUGUCAAAACUACAGAUGUUGAAUGUGUUUGUCACCGAGCGUUUAUCCGCGGCUGCUGUGGAGAUAUUCGGGGUCGUGGAGAAGACCAUAGCAGAGUAUCAGGAAGAAAUCUGCCGUUCAGCGGAGGAGAACGAGCGUUUACGGAGGCUGUUGGAUUUGGUUAGCAAACCAGAGAUAAAGUUACACAGAGCAGACUUCCAGGUACUGACUCCUGCCGUUCACCCUGAGCAGCAGAACUGUAAGCAGGAGUGGAGCCCCAGUCUGGGGCAGGAGGACCCAGAACCCACACAAAUUAAAGAGGAACAACAGGAGCUCAGACUCAGUCAGGAGGACUCACCUCAGCCCUCACAUCUUUACCUAAACCAAACUGUGGAUGAUGGAGAGAGGGGUAUUCUACCUAUCAUCAUAACUGAAGAGAUCAAAACAGAAGCUGAUGGAGAGGGCUACAUAGUGCCAGAACCAACCAGUGAUCAGGCCCUCUCAGUUCAUCCAGACUGCUCUGCUGCAGUGGAGAAACCAUAUCAGUGUCAACAAUGUGACAAAAGCUUCACACGUAAGGGACACUUGACCAUCCAUUCAAAGAUACACACAGGAGAGAAAUCUUAUCUGUGCAAACAAUGUGACAAAAGCUUCAUCCAGAAAGGCGACUUGGACAGACAUACAAGGGUACACACAGGAGAUAAUCCAUAUCAGUGCAAACAAUGUGGCAAAAUGUUUAACCAGAAAGGAAGCUUGACCAUCCAUUCAAGGAUACACACAGGGGAGAAACCUUAUCAGUGCAAAGACUGUGACAAAUCCUUCAACCAGAAGAUGGAAUUGAUAUUGCAUAUGAGAGUUCACACAGGGGAGAGACCAUAUAAUUGUCCUGUAUGCAAGAAAAGCUACAUGGCAUUAAGCUAUUUAAGACUUCAUCAGCGUGUUCACACCGGGGAGAAACCUUACCAGUGCAAAGAAUGUGGCAAAUGCUUUGGUUAUAAAGGAAGCUUGAAGUCUCAUAUGAGCACUCACACAAAAGCUUCAGCCUGAAGUGAGAACAACAAAUUAUUACUCAUGCGAAUUUCUUGUUACAUCCAACUUGUAAAUAAUUUAUGUUCUAUUUUCUGUCAUUUGACAACAAAACAAAUGUAGUUAUGUGAGAGGAGUGAUAAAACAUCAGUCAGUAUCAGAUUUGUAAGCUCAUUUUAGCUCUCACUUUUUUUGGAUACCUACCGGCCAGGACAAUGAGGGAAUUUGACAAUGCUGGCCCGGCUGAAAAGUGAUUGCAUCCUUUUUGAAACCAGGCUGCCUCACGGGCAUUCCUCCCUCACUCCUCCCUCACCGCUUUUGCCAGGUCACAUGACAGGCCAUAGUCCGGUGCACUGCGGUUCAGCCUAAUCAAACUCCUGCACUGCGGGCUUCAGGAAGUCGUCACAGCUGUGUCUAGCAUAGAGCACACACUUGGACUUCUAAACAACAGGAGUUCAUAUUCAAUUGUUUAACAAUGACAUACAGGAUAUCUUCUAUCUGUACUGAUGGAUGCAUGUUAGAAUAUUGAAGUAGCCUAUUAUGUCUUUGUUGACUAUAUAAUGCAGCAAAUAUUUUGUAUGUUUUAUUUUAGAAUUUUUCUGUGGGGGGGGGGCAGAUCAGCUUUAAUAUUGCAGACAGAUUGUGGCUUUCAAUGUAAUUGUCUGCAUCCUUUCCAAUCCCCCAUAUCUUUUUUGUGUGUGAUAGAUA